ACCAUUGCUCUGUGUGUGGCCACUCUGGAGACAAAGAAAACCGCCUCAAAUUAUUAACUUUUUUCUGUUCUCUCUCUCUCUGAAUUCAAACCCCAUCAUCAUAAUCAUCUUCUUUCUUUCUUUCUUUCUUUCUUUCUUUCUCAUUCCAAUAAUUUCCAGCAGCAACAACAAAAUCAUUUCAUUUAACUUCAAACUCUCUCUGAUCCCCCCAAGAAAAGAAAAAAAUUCCUUGUUCAGUUUUUCUGUUUCUUCCUCUUGCAAUGUCAGAACUCUAGCAUUCUCAGUGCAGUCACUGACCCUUUUCUCCAAAGUUUUCAACUUUUCUACUUUUGUUCUUGUUGGGACUACUUCCUCCACCACCCCCAACCAUGGCUUCAAAAGCUACUAAAUCCAAUUUGUCUGAAACUCCCAACAAAACAUCACUAGCAACUCCAAGAGGCAGCAAACUUAGCAGAGGAGUGUCCAAAUCGGAAUCCGAAUCACCAUCACCCUUGCAAAAUCUGCGCCAUUCCAUUGAACGAUCGCCGCGAUCUGUGAAUUCAAAGCCUGCUGCUACUCCUGAUCGGAAAUCACCAAAGCUUGCCUCCAACCCACCUGAUAAACAACCAACAAGAGCUGCAAAGGGUUCAGAGUUGCAGAACCAGUUGAAUCUUGUUCAGGAGGAUCUAAAGAAAGCGAAGGAGCAGCUCAUUCACGCUGAGAAAGAGAAGCUUAAAGUAAUUAAUGAGUUGAAAGAAGCACAGAGAUUAGCUGAGGAAGCAAAUGAGAAACUCAGGGAAGCAUUGGUGGCUCAAAAGCGGGCUGAGGAGGAAUCUGAGAUUGAGAAGUUCCGAGCUGUUGAAUUGGAGCAGGCUGGAAUUGAAUCUGCCCAGAAGAAGGAAGAAGAAUGGCAGAAAGAGAUUGAAAAUGUAAAGAGCCAGCAUGCUUUGGAUGUUGCUGCUCUUCUCUCCACCACCGAGGAGCUCCAGCGUGUUAAGCAAGAACUCGCCAUGACUUGUGAUGCAAAGAACCAAGCACUGAACCAUGCUGAUGAUGCAACUAAGAUUGCUGAGAUUCAUGCCGAGAAGGCAGAGAUUCUUUCAGCUGAACUGACUCGGUUGAAGGCAUUACUUGAUUUGAAACAGGAAACAGAGGCCAGUGAGAGUAAUACUAUAUUGAAGCUGAAAGCAGAGGUAGAAGCUCUUAAGCAAGAACUUGCAAAGGCCGAGGAUUAUGAUGAGAAGUUGGCAGAGAAAGAAACUACUAUCGAACAGCUCAAUGUGGAGCUUGAGGCCGCAAGGAUGGCUGAAUCAUAUGCUCAUAGUGUUUUGGAGGAGUGGACGAAGAAGGUUGAGGAACUAGAGAUGAGGGUUCAAGAAGCUAAUAAGUUGGAAAAAUCUGCAUCGGAAUCUUUGGAAAACGUCAUGAAACAGCUAGAAGGAAGCAAUGAUUUGUUGCAUGAAGCAGAAUCUGAAGUUGCGGCUCUUAAAGAGAAGGUAGGAUUGUUAGAAAUGACUGUUGGGAGACAAAAGGCAGAUCUUGAGGAUUCAGAGCAUCGGAUUAAUGUGGCCAAGGAAGAAAGUCUUGAAAUGACACACAAGGUUGAAGCUCUCGAAUCCGAACUUGAGACAGUUAAGGAAGAGAAGAUUCAGGCUUUGAACAAUGAAAAGCUUGCAGCUGCUAGCGUGCAGACCCUACUUGAAGAGAAAAAUCAACUUAUCAAUGAUUUGGAGAAUUCUAGGGAUGAAGAAGAAAAGUGCAAAAAGGCAAUGGAAAGCUUAACUUCUGCAUUACAUGAAGUAUCUGCAGAGGCUAGAGAAGCCAAAGAGAAGCUAUUGAGCAGCCAAGCCGAACAUGAAAGUUACGAGACCCAGCUUGAAGAUUUAAAGUCAGUUUUAAAAGCUACCAAUGAAAAAUAUGAAUCCAUGCUUGAUGAUGCACGGCGUGAGAUUGAUGUUCUUACUUGUAAUGUCGAAAAUUCUAAGAAUGACUUUGAGAACUCCAGAGCCGAGUGGAAAGAGAGAGAACAUCAACUAGUCGGCUGCUUAAAGAAAACCGAAGAAGAGAAUUCGUCCUUGGGAAAAGAAAUAAAUAGAUUGGCUCUCUUGCUCAAAGAUACCGAGGAUGAAGCUAGUGCCAGCAGGGAGGAAGAAGCUCAGUUGAAGGAAAAUCUGAAGGAAGUUGAGGCUGAGGCAAUUAACUUGCAGGAAGCUCUUAAAGAAGCAACGGCCGAGAACGUGAAAUUGAAGGAGAAUUUAUUGGAUAAAGAAAAUGAAUUGCAGAGUAUUAUUCAAGAAAAUGAUGAACUCUGCACUAAGGAAGCUGAAUCUAUUAAGAAGGUGGAGGAGUUAUCUAAGCUACUGGAAGAAAUAACAGCCAGAAACCACACUGAGGAAAACGGGGAUCUCACAGACAGUGAGAAGGAUUAUGAUUUGCUUCCUAAGGUGGUUGAAUUUUCCGAAGAGAAUGGGCAUGGAGGAGAAGACGUAUUGAAGGUAGAAGAUUCAGCAAAUCAAGAAGUGCUCAAACAAGGCUUUCAAGAAGAGACUAUUCCUGUGAAUGGUAAGGCUGAAAAGAUAGAAUCUCCCAAACAUGAGAAUGGGAAUGGAAAACUGAAGGAAGAUGAUGCUAGUAAGGAAAAUGAUAAUUCAGUAGAAGUUGAACAUAAAAUGUGGGAGAGCUGCAAGAUAGAGAAAAAGGAGUUGUCGCCAGAGAGGGAUCCAGAGCCCGAGUCCUUUGAAGAAGAAGCCGAUUCCAAGGCAGAAGCCGGCGAGAGCUUUGAUAACAUAAACGGUUCAUCCAUAGCCGAGAACAAUGACGAUGGCGCGACCUCUCCUUCCAAGCAGCAACAACAGUUGAAGAAAAAGAAGAAGCCUUUGCUUGGCAAGUUUGGAAGCCUGCUCAAGAAAAAGGGUUCAAGCAACCAGAAAUAGAACAAUGUUGCAACUUUGGGAGGUAUAUUGAACAUUCAAUUGGUUUGCAUGUGUUUGAUUGUGAUUUUUUUUUUCUCCCACAAAUUAGAUUUCUAAAGGAAUGAUGUGUAAUAUUGUUUAGGAUUUUCUUCUUUUCUUUUUUUCCCUCUCAUUUUGAUUGUGGUUCUCCAUGUUAGCAGGAAAAUGUAUGUGAUUGAUGAGACUAUUUUUUUUUCUCUCCCUCUACUUUGCACCUUGCCCUCCUUACUAGAUUUGAUGAAAGAAGUGGCGAGUUUAAUUGUAUUCUUAUGUGAUCCCAAUUCAAAUCAAAUUCUGGAUAGAAGUUCAAUGUCUGAGGCUCUGAGCCUCCUUUGAUGUAUAGUGAUCCAUUAAGUGA